UGAAGUUGUCAAAGUAGAGUAGGCAAUGUGUAUAUGACGCGUAUAGUGAAUUGAAAGUGAAGUAACUGUGCAAUUAUGAAUCCAAAUAGAAACGUCGUGUGUUUACUGUUGCUCUUUCUAGGAAUUUUAUCGUAUUUAGAUCAAAAAUGCGUCGAAGCAAAAUCGAAUCGGCAGAAGGCCCCCCUGGUCGAGGAAGUUUCUGACGUCAAGGAGCUGAAGAAACUGCUGCGCACAAAGAACAACGUGCUGGUGUGUUUCGUGAGCUCGUUAAAGCGAGCUGUUCCGACCGUCAAGGUGUUCCGCGAGGCUGCGGGCGCCAUCCGCGGGCAGGGCACGAUGGUGCUGGUCGACUGUUCGGGGGAGGCCCGCAAGAUGUGCCGCAAGCUGAAGGUGGACCCCGAGCCGGUGGUGCUGCGCCACUACAAGGACGGCGAGUUCCACAAGAACUACGACCGCCCGCUGACCGCGCAGUCCGUCGUCAGCUUCAUGCGGGACCCUGCCGGCGACGCGCCCUGGGAGGAGGACCCGGCGGCCGCCGACGUCGCGCACCUGCCCGAUGCCGCGGCUCUCCAGAAGGUGCUGCAGCGCAGAGACGGCCCGCGGCAGAUGCUGGUGCUGUUCUACGCCCCCUGGUGCGGCUUCUGCAAGCAGCUGAAGCCGGACUACGCGGCGGCUGCGUCGGAGCUCAGGGGCGUCGCCACGCUGGCGGCCGUGGACGUCAACCGCCCGGAGAACGCGGUCCUCCGGCAGAAGUACAACAUCACCGGCUUCCCCACCGUCAUCUACUUCGAAAAUGGAAGCCAGAAGAUGGUGUACGAGGGAGAGAACAAGAAGGAUGCACUUGUAAGGUUCAUCCGGAACCCCGAGAAACCUCCAGAAAAACCGAAGGAGAUUCCCUGGGCCGAAACUGAUACCUCUGUCUCUCACCUCACCACCGAGACAUUUGAUUCUUUCCUCGAGGAAGAGCCAUCUGUGUUGGUGAUGUUCUACGCACCGUGGUGUGGGCACUGCAAGAAAAUGAAGCCCGAGUACGAGAAAGCUGCCGAGACGCUGAAGGCGCAGAAGAUUCCGGGAGUGCUGGCAGCUCUAGAUGCCACGAAGGAACAGGCGAUAGCGUCGCGUUACGACGUGAGGGGCUACCCGACGCUCAAGUACUUCCGCGACGGUGCACUGGCGUACGACGUCGGGACGCUGCGGGACGCCGACCGUCUGACGGAGUUCAUGCGGGACCCGAAGGAACCUCCACCGCCUCCGCCCCCGGAGAAGCCGUGGAGUGAGGAGGAGGGCCAGGACGUGGUGCACCUCACGGAGGAGACCUUCAAGCCCUUCCUGCGCAAGAAGAAGCACGUCCUCGUCAUGUUCUACGCACCCUGGUGCGGCCACUGCAAGAGGGCCAAGCCGGAGUUCGUCCGGGCCGCGGCCCGGUUCCGCGACGACCCCAAGGUGGAGUUCGCAGCCGUCGACUGCACGAAGUUCGGCGCAGUGUGCGGCGCCUUCGAGGUGAAGGGCUACCCCACCGUCAAGUACUUCCACUACUUCAACAAGGAGACCAAGGACUACGGGGGCGAGCGGACGGGUGCGGGCACUGUCGCAGCAUGAAGGCGGACUACGCGCUGGCGGCAAAGCGCGCGCACGACGAGAAGCUGGGCGCGACGGUGGCGGCGAUCGACGCCUCGGCGGCGGCGGCAGUGCGCGGCCGCUUCGACGUCCCGGGAUUCCCUAC